AGUAAAGCAAUAAAGAAAGGAAGAAAAGAUAGUAAACAAAGACAAAAGGUUCUCAAAACUCCAUGAUUAUUAUUCAAACUCUUUCAAAAAUAAGUCCAACCAAAGGGUGUGGUGCUUCCCCUACUUAAUCAACCUCAAUAAGACCUCUCAAAGUUUCUACAAAGACAUUGUUUAGGCAAGAACAUCAAGAAAGAAAGGGAGAAAAGAGAAAGGAAAAAAAUCUCUAUUUUUAUCCUUCUUCUUCCUUUAAAACAAAAUUCAUAAAGGGUUGAAUAAGCUAUAGGCAUGAAUAGAGGUGUUGUUCAAAGCUCUCCAGUGCAACAAAUGAUGGCUAGUAACCCUAAUUGGUGGAACAUCAAUAACAUGAGGCCACCAUCUCCACAACCUCCUCCUUUAUUUUCAUCUCCUUCUAACUUUCUCAACCCUAAUUAUGCACCAACUUCAUCUUUUCUUCCUUUUUCUUCAUGGCAUGAAAAUCAUCAAGAGCUUCCCGAACCAUGGAGUCAACAACUCAUGGGUGGAAUUGUGGGGGAGGAAGAUAAGAUUGGUAUGAACCAAUUUCAAAAUCAAAUGCUAAUAAGUCAAGCUCCAAAUGCUUCUCUUGUUGAUGUUAAACAAGAAAACUCAGGAAAUAGCUAUGCAUAUGGACAUGGAAAUGAAGAACUUAAUUCAUGUGUGACAAGUUUCAACAACAACAACAACAUGUUGGAUUUCACUAACAACAAUAGUAAUAUAGAUGUGAGGCAUCCACCACUAGAUCGAUCUUCUGAGUGUAACAGCACUGCAUCUGGUGGGGCAAUGAAAAAAGCUAGGGUUCAACAAUCUACAACUCAAGCUACUUUCAAGGUUAGGAAGGAGAAGUUAGGUGACAGAAUUACUGCACUUCAUCAGAUUGUUUCCCCAUUUGGAAAGACUGACACAGCCUCUGUCUUGUUAGAAGCUAUUGGUUACAUCAGAUUCCUUCAGAGUCAAAUUGAGGCUCUUAGCUUACCAUACUUGAGCAAUGGAUCAGGAAAUACAAGGCAGCCACAAUCAAUUCAAGGAGAGAAUAAUUGUUUAUUCCCUGAAGACCCUGGUCAGCUCCUAAAUGAAAAUGGCUUGAAGAGGAAAGCAGCUGAAGAGGUUUCUCAAGAAGAACCAAAGAAGGACCUAAAGAGUAGAGGUUUGUGUCUUGUUCCAGUGUCAUGUACACUACAAGUUGGGAAUGACAAUGGAGCUGAUUAUUGGGCACCUGCCCUAGGAGGAGGCUUUCGGUAGAGACCAAAUUUAAAUUAUUAAUGGGGCAGCAUAUAUAGAUAUUAAUAUAUGCUUUAGUAAAAAAAAAAAUAUAUUAAUAUAUUCUAGCAUGCAUAUAGGUAAUUAAAUUCAUGGAAAUUGAUAUAAUAUCAUGAGCAGUCAAUCUGCUCAAAAACCUACCAAGGCUGAUUGCUCAUGAUGCUAUACUUCAUUAUUCCUGAAUAAAAUGUAUGCUAGAUAAGCCAUGAUGAACUAGUAUUUGCAAGCCCUAAUUACCAAUACUUUUUUAUUAAUUCAAGUGAAAUCAAGCUAAUUACUUUAUUUUCAUUAGCAAAAUAUUUAAGAUGGUGGUAAUAUUAAUGUGCUAUAUUAUGUAUAUGCAAUAUUUGUAUUAAUCAUUUAAUUGCUGUUUUUUUGGAA